AUGCCUAUAAACCCGAUAAGGCCCCAAAUCAGGUUCCCAAUGACAGCAGCACUGAGAGAGCCGCGUCUCAUUGCGGGCUUCCUGAAGCGCUUCCGGCAGGAAAGAACCUGGGAGGUGAAAACCAAGUCCGUCGGAGCCCAGGACUUGGGUAUCGCUGAGCAGAGUCUACUGCCCGACGGAGAGCCAGCAUGGAAGGGGCUAACGCUCGCAACCAUUCUUCCACCUGGCUCCGGGGACAAGCUGCCGCAAUCAGAGCCUGGUGAGGGCGCGCUGCGGUACGAGCGAGAGGCACUUCCUUGA